CUACUGGAAUCAUUCGCGAUUUAAUUAUAAAAUCGCUUGAAACAAACCAUCUUAACAUUUUCCCAAAGUGCGCGGCUACUGCCAAUAUCAUUCAAGAUGGCUGGAGCAGAGCAUUACCGUUUGGCGGCGGACCCGGCCAUCCAGAAGCUGGGAACUAUGACCUCAAACCGUCACAAGUACUUCCGAUGGACCCCGAGAACCGCUCGACUCACAAUCGCCUACGCAGUCGUUGUACCCCUUAUCCUCGGAACUAUCGCCUACAACACAGAUGGGAAGUUCGAUAUCCGAGCGAAGAGGAAGGGCGACUUGAUUUCCGAAUACUAAGAAUAGUCUCGAAAUAAGAAAACCGUGAACGAUUGUAUAUAGAAAUAGGCGUAUCACAAUAAUGAGACAAGAACUUCGGUCAAGAUGCCUUUUAGUAUCUACUGCCGUAUGAUCUAGAAUUUGC